AAAAUCAGACGAGUUAUCGGACGCAUCCUGCGCAUGCUCAUUCCGGUGCGCACGUGUCUCGUCACCAUGGUAACGGUUCGUUGAUUAUCAUCAUUGGCGUGAUGAGGCUCAAACGGCUACACAUACGAUACUACCCACCAGGAAUAUUCCUGGAUUAUGAGAAAGGAGGAGAGCUGAAAACGAAAUCCAUCGAUCUGUUAGAAUUGACACCAGAGACUGAUGUUAAUGAGUUGGUGUCAAACAUUAGAGUUGCUGAGCCUCUCAUCACUUCAUCAUGUGUUGAGCAGGUGAAAAUCCUCAUUCACAAACUACAGGACAAAAUUGGGCAAAAGGAUGACCGCAAGUUCAACUCUUUCAGGGUGCUUCAUGCUCACAUCUUACCCCUGACAAAUGUAGCCUUCAAUAAAUCAGGAUCACGUUUUAUAACUGGAAGCUACGAUAGGACAUGUAAAAUAUGGGACACGGCAUCUGGGGAGGAGCUGUACACUUUGCAGGGUCACAAGAAUGUUGUGUAUGCCAUCGCCUUCAACAACCCUUACGGCGACAAGGUCGCCACUGGCUCAUUUGACAAGACCUGCAAGUUGUGGAGCGCUGAAACAGGAAAAUGUUUCUACACGUUCAGAGGGCACAUGGCUGAAAUCGUAUGCUUGGCUUUUAACCCUCAGAGUACAUUGGUUGCCACUGGCAGCAUGGACACCACAGCCAAAUUAUGGGAUGUUGAGAGUGGGGAAGAGGCGUGCACGUUGGCAGGUCACUUUGCUGAGGUAAUCUCUCUCGCAUUUAACACAACGGGAGAUCGGUUGGUCACAGGUUCGUUUGACCACACCGCCAUUCUAUGGGACGUUCCUUCAGGCAGGAAAGUUUAUAUUCUUGCAGGUCAUCGUGGAGAGAUCAGCUGUGUACAGUUUAACUGGGACUGUUCCCUCAUUGCCACUGCAUCUCUGGACAAAACCUGCAAGGUGUGGGAUGUGGACAGCGGUCAGUGUUUGGCUACUCUCUUAGGUCAUAGUGAUGAGAUAUUGGAUGUGUGUUUUAACUACAGUGGGCAAUUGAUUGCAACAGCCUCUGCUGACGGUACAUCAAGAGUGUAUAGUGCAGAAACAUUUCAAUGUUUAUGUACAUUAGAGGGACACAAAGAAGAGAUAUCAAAGGUUUGUUUUAAUCCGCAGGGGAGGCGCAUUCUGACAGCAAGCAUGGAUAAGACAGCACGCGUGUGGUGUGCGAGCACGGGAGCGUGCUUGCAGGUGCUGGAGGGACAUACCGAUGAAAUCUUCUCUUGUGCUUUCAACUACGAGGGGGACACCAUCAUUACAGGCAGUAAAGAUAACAGCUGCAGGAUUUGGCAUUGACAUGCUGAACCCUGCUGGAGGAUGGAUUGAAAUAUUAAAGCUCUAAGGAUAAACUUUAUAGAAAGAUACCGAGUGUCACCUGUAAUCACACUGCCAGACUUUAUAAAGAAACAGGCUGAUACAUGUUUUCUCAGUCUGGAAAAAACAAACAAAAACAUGAACGGAGAAAUGAUGGGAGUUAAUGAGGCUAUUGUUGUGUGGUUGUGUAUUGACUUCCAAUGUAACUAUCCACAUGUUGUUUUUCCGAGUAAGUCAGAAAAAUUCUCUACUGUAUUUAACCUAAAGUAUUUAAUAUCAGUCUACGAUUAAAAUGAUAUUUUCAAUCUAUAUGCAGAUUUAUAAAGACACAUUCAGUCUUUUCAGUGGUUGAUUUACAUAUGUGUGACUCUUUCCAAAUAAAGGCUGCAGACAUCUGAAUCAC